AUGGAGGAAGUUCGACCAAUGGAGGAAUAUCUACAAGUGAUACCCUUGGAGCUUGAUAUCAUGAAGCAAAAAUUUAAGAGAAAGAAUUUGGAACUUGAAAAGAAGAUAGAAAAGCUUGAGGAUAAGAAGAUGUACCUAAGUCUAGAUAUUGACCUACAAAAGAAGGAGGUUGAAAAAGUUAGGAAGGAGAAAAGGAAGGUUGAAGAAGACCGAGAUGAUUUAAAAGAGGAGUAUAAGAAGACACAAGUAUCUUUAAAGCGAGUGGGGUUAGAAAGGUCUUCGGAACAGUGGCAGAAAGAAGUUCAAGUGGAAAAAGCUAGAGCUGAGUAUUGGGAGACGAAGUUUCAAGAGAUGCGGUCGCAGAAUUUGCAACUCGAGACGCAAGAAGAUUGUAUAAAAGGAGAGCUCCAUCAAGUUAAAGGUCAAGUCAGAGACAGGGAUUACGUUAUUAGGGAGGCUAUAGCCCAGAUCCGAGAGAUUGCUGAAUAUGUUUGA